AUGAACUGUGCCAGGUGUAAAAGAGCGGUUACUAAAUCAUUAGACUGUAACACUUGUAAGCUUGUUUAUCAUCCCAGCUGUGCAAAAGAGAUUGGUAAAUCUAAAGUAAAAAAUUGUUGUACCAAAUCUUUUAUUGCUUUACUCUCACCCGCAAAAUCAGCUCUAAAUUUACAGGAGAUACCUGGAAGAUCAAGCAUUAUUAGACCAUCUAGUCUCUCAAAUUUAAGACGACAUUGUUCUUCCAAGUCCAGCUACAAAUCAGCAAAUUCAUCACCCAGAACACCGCCAGUUACUUCUAUAGAAGAUUCUGUCUUUGUCUCUCACACUGCUACGCCAUCUUUGAAAAUGACUGAAGUCACAACAAAGUUGCCUGACUGGUCCAAAUACAGCUCCGAUGAAAAACUAAAUUUACUAUUAGAUUUGACUUACAAAAACAGAGUCAGUGUACAAAAUAUGUCACAAACCCUGGACAGUCACACUGUCAGUAUACAAAAUCUAUCACAAAUCCUAGAUAGUCAUAAUGCGGAUAUCAAAAAUCUAGUAACAAAUGUUAAAGAAAAUAUCAAGAAAAUAAAUCAGCUCUCAUCCAGUUUGGAUGCUGUAAACAAUUCACUCACUGAAAUCACAAAAUCACAAGAGUUGGCUCAAAAUGAGAUUAAAAAACUAACGAAUGAUUUAAACAAAAAUGCUAUCAAAUGUAACGAAAACGCAGCAUCGAUAAAAUUGCUUAAAUCGACAAUUGACUCAAUUGCAACUUCAACACUCACUCAGCAUACCAGCGAUCACAAACAUAGUUCAUCUCAGCUUUUCUCAACAGCCAACAUAAAUUCUAAUUUAAAGAUUCUAGCCUUAAAUAUCAACAGUUAUCUACCUCAUCAAGCAGAAUUUGAAGCUCUAGUAAAUGAUCUACAGCCUCACAUAAUCACUGUAGUUGAAGCAUGGCUAAAUCCAGGUGUAGAUAUUUCGCUUAAGGACUACAUGAUUGUUCGAAGGGAUCGAGGACUAAUAAACCAAGAUGGUCGUUAUAUGAGAGGAGGUGGUAUUGCAUGUUUCUUUCACGCAGCUUUAAAAACCAAAAUAUUAUUUUCAUCUGAAUCACAGGACAUAAAUCAUCCUGAAUACCUGAUCAUUGACGUGGUUCUUCCCUCGACAGUUCACAUUUUACUCUCAGCCAUAUACAGAAGACCUCAAGGCCAUCUAUUAGAUAAUUUUUUCGUACAAUUUAACAAAUUUUACUCGACUUAUAAUAAUAUUGUCAUUAUGGGUGAUCUAAACUGUAACCUUUUAAAAUCGGACCGGCCAGCGAAUCAUCUUAAAUCUUUCAUUGCUGAAUCAAAUUUACACUGCAUACCAUAUGGAGCUACUUUUCACACUACUGAGACUCAUUCUUGGUUGGAUGUCAUUAUUGUUGAUAGUAAAGACAAACUAGGAAACUACUCAAAAUCUUUAAGACCAUUCAUUGGUGGACACGACUACCUAGUGUGCAAUUACAAGCUUGAAUUGACAUCGAAAUACGACAAAACAGUGAAAUUUCGAAAUUUUAAUCGUUGCGAUCAUAUAGCCUUAUCAACUGAUCUCACACAGAAGCUUUAUAUCGCUGCUCUCAAUCUAGAGGAUCUAGAUCCAAACUAUUUGGUCUCUCAUCUAAUCACAUCAACUACUUCUGCCUUAGAUACACAUGCUCCAUUUACUACACGAAGAUUAACCCGCCCAAGUAGCCCAUGGCUAACUAAAGAGUUAAGAACUGAAUUUCACCAACGUGAUAUACUGUAUAAACGAGCGCGACGUACCAGAGACACAAAUUUAAUGAUUUUAUACAAAAAGAUGAGAAAGGAUCUCAAGAAUAAAUUAAACACAGCUAGGGAUACCUAUUUCAAAUCUCUACUGGAAAAUCCCUCUCAAAAUUCAAAUAUCUGGUCUAAUUUAAAACGAGUAGGGUUUCUUAAAUCUAAGAAAUCCUCUCCAUUAGAUCAUCUCAAUGCAAAUGAAUUAAACUGCUACUAUGCUAAUAUUCUGAGGAAACAUCCUUCUUGCACUCUUGACUUUAUCAAAGGAUUACCUUCACACACUGUGAGGAAAGUGGACAGUAUCUUCAACUGGUCAAAUGUUGAUAUCGUUGAGGUCACCAAAAAUCUUAAACUUACUCUACAGAAAUCCAAAGGGAGAAGUCCAGAUGAUUGGGCAAAGGAGGUUGGACUAGUGAUAAAUUUUGAAAAAACGAAGGUUAUGGUACUGGGAAACAGUAUGAAAUUAAAAGUCCUUGAAAACAGUGGACUACCACAAAUAGUGAUUGAUGGUAAAAUAAUUCCAUACGUAAGUUCAGCUAAACAUCUAGGCGUUCAUUUGUCAAAUAAUCUCUCCUGGGAUGUCCAUAUUGCUCAGAUUACUAGAAAAGUAUAUGCCACUCUAAAAAAUCUGAAACACAGGAAAAGCAUUCUAUCUUCUUCUACAAGAAAAAUCUUAAUCACUGCUACUGUCAUUCCUAAUAUUGAAUACUGUUCUCUUGUCUUGAUUGAUUCAUCUAAAAGAUUGGAUUAUAAACUACAAUGUUUAAUGAACAAUGCAGUCAGAUUCAUCUUUAAUCUAAAACGAGAUGAGCAUAUUACACCAUAUAGAUGCUCUUUAAACUGGCUGACAAUUAAAUCUAAAAGGUCCUACAAUCUUGCUUGUUUCUUCUACAAGCUCAUAAACUCUGGGGAACCAAAACGAUCCGAUAGACUGGCUACAAAAUACAAUAAUGUGAUUUUUAAAAUCCCAAAUUUUUCAACAAAUUCAUUUGAGAACUCAUUCACCGUAACUGCGAUUCGUCUCUGGCGUGACCUACCAGCUGAUAUCAUAAACGCACUGAGUCUUGAGACCUUCAAAAUAAAAGCUUUUGAAUUCCUUAAACAUCUGGAGUUAGAAAAGCAAACGUGUUAA